GUAUAAAUAUGCCCAGUCGCGCGGCUGUUUAAGCAUAACACACUCAACUCUUCAGUCAAGUACAACCAACCAAGCAAACCAAACCAAGCCAAGCAACAUGUUCAAGCUGAUCGCUGUACUCUCUGCCCUGUGCGCCGUUGCCAACGCCGGCGUCAUCUCACCCUAUGGCCAUGGCUACGGGCUCGGCUACGGCUCAGCUCUGGCGCCCGCCUAUGCUCCGGCCAUCGUCUCGCAUGCUCCAAUUAUCAAGAGCUACGCCGCGCCGAUUGUGCACGCCCCGAUUGUGAAGACCAUCCACCCGGUGGCCACGUCCUAUGCCAACACCUACAAGGUGGCCACCAAGGCGUACCCCGUGGUCCAUGCCGCUCCCAUCUACCAUGCCGCGCCCGCCGUUGUGGCUGCACCUGCUCUGCACACCACCUCCACCUACCACGGCGGCUACGGCAGCUACGGCCUGGGCUACGCCGGCUACGGACACGGCUAUCUGCACUAAGCAUCGCCUCCAGCCACACAUCACUCGACGACAACGCACAGAACGACAAAAGCAACAUCCACACAACAUCCCCAACAUCCGCAACAUCCACACAGCAAAUCGGAUCACAGCGAGAGAUUCUGUGAGAGUUUACUCAGUGCAAUGUUCGGGGCUUUGCUGCUG